GUGAAGACUGUCCGUCUCGGCUGUCGUAGCGAAGUGACAACACAGCAAAGCCUUUUGGUUGGGUUUUUGCCUGCGGCUAAGCUGCUAGCGUUCACUGAUAAGUGUCUUUAACGCCGAGUGAGAGCAUUGCAGCUGUUAUUUAACGGGACUACCAGUGCAAGAAGAUGAGGCUGAAGGAGAUCCAGAGGACUGCCCACCAAGCAUGGAGUCCUGCUGCACAUUAUCCUGUUUACCUGGCUUUAGGCACUUCGGCACAACAGCUUGAUGCAUCUUUCAACACCACAGCUGCUCUAGAGAUAUUUGGAAUGGAUUUUUCUGAUCCCUGUAUGGACAUGCAGCUCAAGGGGUCGCUACCCACCUCGAACAGGUUGCAUAGUAUUGUCUGGGUGAAUUUUGGAAUGGGUGCUGAUGGUACGGGAGGGAGACUGGUCGGCGGCAGUGAAAAUGGCACUGUAACAGUCUAUAACCCAGAAGCCAUUAUGAGCUCCAGGGCAGAUACAGUAGUGGGAGAGUCUGACAAACACACAGGACCUGUUCGAGCACUCGAUUUUAACCCUUUUCAGAGUAAUCUCCUGGCCUCAGGAGCAAAUGAUUCAGAGAUAUACAUCUGGGAUCUAAAUAACUUUAGCAGUCCAAUGACACCAGGUGCAAAGACACAGCCUGCGGAAGACAUCAGCGUCAUCUCGUGGAACAGGCAGGUUCAGCAUAUCCUGGCCUCUGCCAAUCCCAGCGGGAAGGCAGUUGUGUGGGACCUGAGAAAAAAUGAACCCAUCAUCAAGAUCAGUGACCACAGCAAUAGGAUGCACUGUUCAGGAAUGCUGUGGCAUCCUGACGUGGCUACUCAGCUGGUGUUGGCCUCUGAAGAUGACCGCCUGCCAAUCAUCCAGAUGUGGGACCUCCGAUUUGCCACAUCUCCUCUGAAAGUUCUUGAGAACCACACAAGAGGAAUUCUGUCCAUAUCCUGGAGUCAAGCGGACUCUGAGCUCCUCUUGAGUAGCGCUAAAGACAACAGGAUCCUCUGCUGGAAUCCAAACACUGCAGAGGUCAUUUAUGAGCUGCCAACAACAAACCAGUGGUGUUUUGAUAUUCAGUGGUGUCCUCGGAAUCCAGCCCUUCUGUCAGCAGCCUCCUUCGAUGGGAGGAUCACUGUUUACUCUGUAAUGGGAGGCAGCUUGACAGCUCAGCAGCAAAGCACCGCUCAUAAGAUAUCCUCCUCAUUUGAUACAAUGGAUCCCUUUGGUACAGGGCAGGCGCUCCCUCCACUGCAAGUUCCUCAGCCUCAAACCCAGACUACUAUAGUUCCUCCACUGAAGAAGCCACCUAAGUGGAUUCGCACACCAGUGAGGGCUUCCUUUGCUUUUGGUGGGAAGUUGGUAACAUUUGGCAAUCCAAAGUUGCCUCCAGUGCAGAGUCCUCAGCCUGUCCCCAGAGAAGUGUUUGUGAGUCAAGUUACCACAGAGACCGAGUUCCUGCAGCGCUCCAGAGAGCUGCAGGUGGCGCUGCAGUCAGGUUCACUCAACAACUUCUGUCAAGCCAAGAUUCAGAAUGCCAAAACAGAUGCUGAACAGGACAUAUGGAAGUUCCUUCUGGUGAAUUUUGAAGAUGAAGCUCGCAUUAAAUUUCUCAGACUUUUGGGGUUCAGCAAAGAUGAAUUGGAAAAGAAGAUUUCAAAAUGUCUAGCGAAGAACUUCCAGCCUAAUGGACAUGGAAUAGAUGCCAAGGAUUUGGCAGAAAAGAUGCAAAUGCUCUCCACUGAGAGGUCUGAUGAAGGAACUGCUGCAGGUGACGUAAGAACGUCUGGUUCAAUUUCACCAGCAGACGUCUUCAGCCAGACUCUAAAGGAAAACGCCAACUUCCAGAUUCCUGUUUCAUGUGACACCGAUGGUUUAAUAAGCCAGGCACUGCUGGUUGGUAACUUUGAGGGAGCUGUGGAUCUGUGUCUGAAUGAUGGGCGUUACGCUGAAGCCAUCCUGCUAGCUAUCAGCGGAGGGGAGGAGCUGCUGAAGAAGACGCAGCAGAAAUAUCUGAGCAAGCAUAAAAACAGCAUUUCAGUGCUCAUAUCAUCAGUGGUGACUCAGAACUGGAGAGACAUCGUCCAAAGCUGUGAGCUGGACAAUUGGAAGGAGGCUCUCGCCGCUCUGCUGACCUACGCUCACCCUGAAGAUUUUGCCCAUCUGUGUGACACUCUGGGAGGCCGACUGGAGCAGGAGGGGACAGAGAAGCGCUGCCUGCAGGCCUGUCUGUGUUAUAUCUGUUCUGGGAACAUUGAAAAGCUGGUGGAGUGCUGGGACCUACAUAAGGACUGCUCCUCCCCUCUGGGUUUAGUGGAUCUGGUUGAGAAAGUGAUGAUGCUACGCAAGUCAGUUGAACGGCACCGCAACGGUGAAAUUGCAAUCCAGAGUCCGAUUCUUGCUGAGAAACUAACUCGGUACGCUGGCAUACUGGCUGCGGAGGGCAGCCUCCUCACUGCUAUGACCUACUUACCUGAGGACGCUGACCAACCUGGGAUCAGGAUGCUGAGGGACAGACUGUUCCAUGCUCAGAUAGAGGCUGUUGUUCAGCAGCAGUCUUCAAACUCUUUCAGCAGAGUCAGUGAGCCAGACAAGACUGCUUCUACUACGCCAAAAUCACAAGUUAUGAGUCAGUACCAGACACCCGGUCCCUCUCAGGUGCCAGCAGGUGGGAAGCCUCCAAUGCCAUCAAUUUUUAACCCACAAGCUGCUCAACUCAACACUGGACCUGUGCCACCCUCGUCUUCUCAUGGACUUCCACCCAGUGUGCCGCACCCUACUGUGAGACCUCAAUAUCCCCAACAUCCUGCUGCAGGCUUCUCUCCUCAUCAGCCUUUCCAGCCUCAGCCUGUUCCUCGGGGUGGACCCUCAUCCUUCCCUCCUCCUGGUCCUUCUAUACCAGCUGCUAACCUGUCAGGACCCCCACCACAGUCUUUAUCAUCCUCUGGAGGGGGCCUGCCACCCAUGCCCAGCCCAGGGGUGCCACCUAUAGGCUUUAUUCCCACUACUUCUUUACCCUCGGGCCACAUGCCAGCCACCUCCCAGACUGGAGCCCCAGUUCCCAUGUACCCAGCAGGGCUUCACAACCAGGUGCAUGUACCCCCAAUGGUUGCUGGUCCUUAUGCUCCUCUGGGAUCAGGGUACCCACAGGGAGGCCCUGGUGCUCCUGCUGUAAAGCCUUUCUCUGGCUCGACCGUUCCUCCUCCUCCUCCUCCUCCUACAGGACACUUUCCCUGGCUGAGUUUCCAGUGUGACGAUGAAGGAUCUCAGGAAGGCUGGAAUGACCCACCAGCAGUACGAAGCGGAGCCAGGAAGAAGAAGAUUCCUGAGAAUUACACUCCACCAGCCCCCAUCACUGCACCUGUGAUGGGCUUCCACGUGGAUCCCUCUCAGACACAGGAACACCCUCAGGUUCCUCCUGGGGCCCCACAGGAACCCAGCGUGCAGCUUCUCCAGCAGCUGCCAGCAGAGCGAGUGGAGCAGAAAGAGAUCCCCGCCGAACACGUGAUCCUCAAGUCCACGUUCGACAGCCUGGUGCAGCGCUGCCAGCUGGCGGCAGCAGACCCGCAAACAAAAAGGAAACUUGAUGAUGCAGCCAAACGUUUGGGGUCCUUGUAUGACAAGCUGAGAGAUCAGACGCUCUCUCAGCACAUCCUCAACGGGCUCCACGAGAUCAGCCGCUGUGUGGCGAGCCAGAACUACCAGCGGGGCCUGGAGGUCCACACCCAGGUGGUCAGCAGCAGCAACUUCAGCGACAUCUCUGCCUUCAUGCCCAUACUCAAAGUGGUCAUGACCAUCGCCAACAAGCUGGGCGUGUAACCCCGACGUCAGUGUUAGCACAUUGUUAUAUAUGUAUUUAUUUCUCGAUGACCUAACGACAGGCUUCGAUGAUGACCAGUGCCGCUGCAGAUCGUGGUGGUUGUCACUCCGUGUUUGUUCCUUCCUGAGGAGAGUGAGAUGGAUUUUGUCGCUCUGGUUAAAUUGUACAAUAAGAUGAAUGUAUUUGAAAGCUGUGAUUCUGUGUAAAUUCAAAAGAUGAUGUAACAAAAAAAAGAGGCAGCAGAUGGCGCAAACGUCACAUUGAGGCUUGGUGCAUUUUCACAAUCAACAUUACAUUUUUAUACCUGCACAUCUUGUUUCUAUCCGCUUUGGGGGCUGUUUGCACCCCAUUCAACAUGUGCAUAAAUCAGAUCAUCCAGAGCCCAACGCAUGUGUGUGAGAGGCGGAGUUAGAGUUAUGAUCACUGCAGCAAACAUCAGUGUGUUCGAGAGCUGAGGAACACAACAUACUUUAGAAAACUACAGUUGAUGUACUGAUUUUUGUAAUAACCGUGUGCGGUUACUGUGCCAGGAGGGUGUUUUAGUGCUAAAGUACUUCAGAAUGUCAGUCUCAUUUUUUUUUUCUUUCCAUUUUGUGUGACACUUUGGUAAAGGAGCAGAGUUAUUUGCAAUUUACCCGCUACACCUACUGUACAUUUUCUACAUUCAGGCAAGGCUCACUUUGUUACAGGUAUAGUCAUAUUAAACUGUCAGCAGUCAAGCCUUUGAGUGCUGCCUUCAGCUUUAGUGAUUGGUUUGUUUGCAAACAAAAAAGAAUGAAUGG